UUCCAAGGCAGCCAGAGCUACACAGAGAAACUGUCUUGAAGAAAAAAAAAUAGGAAUUAGAUACCAAUUAAUUAGACAGGAUUAUACCAUAUAGAGUAGAAUAGAGAAUAUUCACAGAUAACAAGUUCAUUCUAAGCCUGUAAUUCUAUUUUUUGUUUCUUUUUUCUGAGGGUUCCAUGUGGCUCAGGUUGGUCUUGAACUAUCUCCUUGCAUCGAACCCUUAGAAUCACAGAAGGCAUGAGCCACCACACCUAGAUUCCUUCUAUUUUAUUUGAUAGUCUUGAAAUUGUGUUUGGGGAAACAGUGCUGAGGUUUAAUUUAGAAAUCCUUUUCCUUUUACAAAAUAACCACAUUGCUAAAUAUAAGUAAAAAAGCAUUAGAACAUAUUUAAAAUAACCACACGUCCCCCAAACCAUGACUUAUAUAUCCCUGUCCAACUUUUUCUUUCAGUAAGACUGCGUUUAAAAAAAAAAAAAAAAAAAAAUCUGUUCUCUAGACCCUAAUCAGAACUAGAGUGCCCCCUUGCGAUUGCGAUUCCCCUGCUGUCUUCGGUCUACAGGGUCCUGUUCUCCAUUGUCUGUCCUUUAACUGUGACACGGUGCAGCGGAUGUUAAUGUCUAUGGGUGACUCUCUAAACUCUGGACUUACUCUUUUCCUUCCUCAACGUCUUUCCAGUUUUCUCAAAGGUACACAUAAACUGAAUCCAGAUAAAGCCAUAACCUUGAGGAUCAAAGAUCUACUCUACUCUGUUCUCUGUACUGAGAAUCAUUAUUCUAAGUGAAGGGUCCAAAGGGACCGGGGCAGAAAAGUCAGGGACAAGUUCGGCUAUGACCUCUAGAGUCUUGGCGGGCUGGCAUCUGAGCUGGUAACGUGCGUGGCAAGUUAUGUAAGAACCGACUGGAGAAGCCGCGCGGCGGGAGCCCCGGAGAGGACGCGGUGUUCCGGCCGCAGUCCCCACCCUCCUCGCCCAGCAGGGCAGGAGGCACCCAACUUGGUGGCGAGGAGGGGAGGAUGAAAGAGCGGGGAGUCACGAGGGCGAGCCGCCGACAAGGGAACGGAUGCCCGGCGUCACACGUCCGUUGUCACACACGUUGCGGACACGAGUUGCUGACGGCUUCCACGUGCUGCGCCCGUGCGCGGAAGCGCUCAGAGGGGCUCACGUCCCGGGGCGCCACCUCCGUGGCUCGGCCCCGCUCUGCACACUCCAGCCGCCCGUCUCCCGCGCAGUGCCGUCCUAUUUAAGGCUACGAGCUCCACCCUUUUCCGCCCCUUCCUUCAUUUUCACUUUUUUCCAUCCUCCUUUUUAUCACCCGAGGAGCCGCAUGUACGGGCGGAGCAUGGACUGCUUCCCAUCCAGCCAAUCACCACUUGGCUGCCUCUCUAUUGGCCGAGCCCCCGCGUGCUUCAGCAAAUGGGCUGUGAGCAGCUGUAUCUAGAGUCACGUGUUGCCGGCAAAGUAUCCAAUGAGAGCACAAGGUUCUGAUCUUUGGUACUACGGGAGCUGCUCUUCAGCCCCCUGCUCCUGGACCUAUGGAUUCUCCAUCUAGCGUUUCUUCUUAUUCCUCCUCCUCUCUCUCCCCGUCAUUUUCCACGUCCCCUGUGAACAGUGACUUUAGCUUCCCAUCUGAUAAUGAGAGGGAGGGCAUGCGCACCCGUGAGCUCAGGCCAGACACUGUGGGGCAGAGAGGAGGUUCCAGGCCCAGUCCAGGCCCCAUCCGCUGCCGACACCGACCCAGGGUUUCUAGUAACCAACAUACAGCAUCUCACCUGGAACAGCAAGGAUCUGAAGUCAAAAGAUCAAGAGACGGUGAAUUGGAGACAAGUCUAAACACCCAGGGAUGUACUACAGAGGGAGACCUGCUCUUUGCUCAAAAGUGUAAAGAACUCCAAGGGUUCAUACGGCCCCUCACAGACCUACUGAACGGAUUAAAAAUGGGUCGCUUUGACAGAGGAUUAAGUAGCUUCCAACAGAGCGUGGCCAUGGACCGGAUCCAGCGUAUAGUGGGUGUUUUACAGAAGCCUCAUAUGGGAGAGCGUUAUCUAGGAACCCUGCUGCAGGUGGAAGGCAUGCUAAAGACUUGGUUUCCUCAUAUAGCUGCCCAGAAAUCAUCCUUAGGAGGAAGCAGGCAUCAGAUAAGCAAGCACUUCCCUAGCCACCACAGUGAUUCAGGUGCUUCUUCUCCUGCGCCUCUCAUAGGGAAGAUGGGCCAGACACAGCUGGGACAUUUAGUUUUGAAACCAAAGCAGCCUUGGCAUCUCACAGGAUGGCCGGCUAUGAACCUCACCUGGAUCCAUGACACUCCAAUUUGUAACCCUCCCCUCGGUUCCCAAGGCUCCACCUCUGGCCACAGCCCCAACGGCACUGGAGCCAGCAUUGGCGUCAUCCUUGUCCUCCAGAAAGGAGGACAGCCCUUCACCCAUUCUGCCCCGGGCACUCCAAUCCCACCAACUACACUGUCUCCUGUCCUCCCUGGUGAUCUGAGGAAACUGUCGGGAGAGGAGCCUCGCUGCCACAGUUUGCCAGUAACGCUGCCAUCAGACUGGAGGUGCAUCCUUUGUCCCCCUGUCCUACCUACCGCAGAUCGAGAGGUGACUACAGGACACCAGAGCCACAGAUGAUGAACCAUCCUCCAGUUGCUCAGACCCUCAGCCCUAACCCAGGCUCUGCAACUUCCCCUGGAUCCCAACCUGUAUAAAUAUGUUUGUAUAAAUAUGUUUGUGUGUAUUUUUUUUUUUUUUACUUUUAAUGUAUUUGCGGUGAGGAAAAAUAAAUCCUUUCUGAUUAAAGACACUUUUUUCACUUAAA